CAUGCAAAGAAUCAGCUGUUAGCCGCAACGUACCUACCAAACCCAUCUGCUUUGUGCUUUUGCGCAGACGAGCACGUGCCAAACUUCCCCUAUUCACUGUGUCUUUGCUAACUGUCAUCCGUUGCCAAGGGCAACCCCCAUCUUUGAUGCACACAGACGGCGGCAUGUGAAUUGCGCUUUCUCUCCCAUUGGAAGCAGCCGAGGUCCAACGACCCCCGUGCGCCAUCGACCUAAGCUGAACCUUAAGCCAACGGCUGCGUGUGUUGGAGUUCCAAAGUUCGGGAAAAGCAAAAGCUCCACCAAAGCAGUGGACAGUGUCAACCAACUCCCCAGUAGGGCCGUCAAACGAGCAAAACAGGGUACCAACGAUGCUAUCCGACGUAGAGGAGCUGCCCUCGGUGCAGCUGGGCGACUACGUGCUCCGGUUUGAGCUGGAGGAUCUGACGCCCUUCGGCAAGGAGGUGGCCAAGAAUGAGCUGCGCGAAACGCCCGAAAUUCGUGCCGCCGCCAUCGAGGAGCUGCGCACGCUGCUCAAAGAUGUUGAAGACUUGGUAGUGCCGCUAGACAACGAUGACUGGAUGAUCCGGUUCCUGCGUCCGUGUAAAUUCUACGCCAAAAGUGCCUGUGAGCUGAUCCAGCGGUACUACCAGUUCAAGGUGAACCGGGAUCAGCUCGGACGGCGUGUGCUGCUGCUGGAGCUGGGCAAAACCUGGAAGCACAAGGAAGUCUCCCUGGACGAGGUGUUCAAGGGCUGCGUCCUGUUCCUCGAGGCGGCAAUGCUCGAGCCCGAAACGCAGGUGCACGGUGCGGUCGUAAUCUUCGACAUGGACGGGCUGACGCUCCAGCAGGCGUGGCAGUUUACGCCACCGUUUGCGAAGAGAAUCGUAGACUGGCUGCAGGACGCGGUGCCGCUGCGCAUCAAGGGCAUACACAUUAUCAAUCAGCCAAAGAUCUUCAACAUGGUGUUCGCACUGUUUAAGCCGAUCUUGCGCGAGAAGCUGCGCAACCGUAUCAUCUUCCACGGCACCGAUCGUGAGUCGCUGUACAAGCACAUCUCGAAGGAAUGUCUGCCAGCGGUCUACGGCGGUACAGUGGACGCACCCCGGGUACAGGGCGAACAGUGGUACGAGCUGCUGCUCAAGUGCGACAACGAGUACAAGGAGAUCAACAACUACGGCUACAUCAAGCAGCUGGAGGAGCAGCGCAACAAAAAGAACAAGAAGAAAUGAUAUGGGACGCAUGGGAGCACAGGGAAGGUGAUAGGAGUUCGGCAAUCUUCGGAGACCCGACAGAGACAGCCAGGUGGCGAUGAUAACUUACAAAAAGGAAAAAAGACUCUUACUUCAUCUGCGGCAAAGGCGCCAGCGGGGUUUGUCGCCAUGUGAUUGCUUACAUAUUCCAUUAACUGCAACGAUUUACCCCACCCCCCCUCCCCAAGGCACUUAAGCUCUACUACUACUACUAAAUAACGUUCUCUACACAUUCACACCCCGUGCGGAUCCGGAUAGGAUUUUUAGGUUUAAUGCCGCUAUCGCUACACACGGAAGGGUUUCGGGAUUCACGGGAAGCACGAACACUGCACACGCGUUUGCUUAGCUAACCGGUCGCUACUACUUAGAAGUCAAAUUGGGUACAAAAAGACCAGAAUAGCGCGCUUGCACUAUCUAUCAAUUAUUUACCUAGAUAGUGAACAAAUUCUACUAAACAGAAGCAGAAGGCAAAAAAAAACAAAAGGUGUGAUACGAUCUUUCCUUUCGAAACAGGCGUGAUAGCUAUAUUUACUUUAGCAGCAGAAGAAGGGCUCAGCUUCGUUUGCUUGUACAGUUCUUUGCUGCAUCAUCAUGAGAGAGACUGUAUGCGAAGAGUAAAGUGAACGUAGGUUAAAUUAUCCCACUUUUUUUUUAAAUAUUGUUAUUAAGUAUUGCGGUUAGAGCAAUGGAACAAAUAAAUAGUGUAAAAGGAACCUA